GCUGUCUCGUGCCGUAUGCAACUACAACUCCCAUCACGCUCGCGAGGCCUUGAUCUCUCGGCUUUUGCAGGGAAGGGAGUGGGACGAACAUGGCUGAUGGAGUUCGGGCUGGCCCCACGUACUGUGGGCUGGGUGACAGGCAGGACUCAGCCUCCAGCACCGAUGGCUGCAGCUUUCCAGAAUACGAGCUUCCUGAGUUAAACACGCGCACUUUCUACGUGGGUGCUUUCGGGGACCUGUGGCGUGGCCGACUGCGCACGGUAGGAGAUUUGAGCCUGAGCGAUCCGCCCGCACCCAGGCUUCCCGGAUGUGGAGGGGUUGCUGACUUGGGUCGAGAAGAUGCCGCUGUGGCCCGGGAUCUGGGCUGCAGCCUGGAAACUGCAGCCGAGCUGAGGGCUGUGUGCGGUCUCGAUAAACUGAAGUGCCUUGAGGAAGGUGAAGAUCCAGAAGUGAUCCCAGAGAAUACUGACCUAGUGACUUUGGGAGUUAGGAAGAGGUUUCUGGAACAUCGAGAAGAAACCAUAACAAUAGAUCGGGCCUGCAGACAAGAAACAUUUGCUUAUGAGAUGGAGUCACAUGCCAUGGGGAAAAAGCCUGAAAAUCCAGCUGACAUGAUUAAAGAAGGAGAACUUAUUUUGUCUAUAAAUAUCUUGUACCCUGUUAUAUUUCAUAAGCACAAAGAACACAAACCAUACCAGACAAUGUUGGUACUGGGGAGUCAAAAACUCACAGAACUAAGGGAUUCAAUUUGCUGUGUCAGUGAUCUCCAGAUUGGUGGGGAAUUCAGCAACACUCCUGACCAGGCUCCUGAACACAUUAGCAAGGACCUAUACAAGUCAGCCUUCUUUUAUUUUGAAGGGACAUUUUACAAUGAUAAACGAUACCCUGAAUGCAGAGAUUUGAGCAGAACUAUCAUUGAGUGGUCAGAGUCUCAUGAUAGAGGCUAUGGGAAAUUUCAGACUGCUAAAAUGGAAGAUUUCACCUUCAAUGACUUGCAUAUUAAACUGGGGUUUCCUUAUUUAUACUGUCACCAGGGAGACUGUGAACAUGUUAUCAUUAUUACUGACAUAAGGCUUGUGCAUCAUGAUGACUGCUUGGAUAGGACACUUUAUCCUCUCCUUAUCAAGAAGCACUGGCUAUGGACCAGAAAAUGUUUUGUUUGCAAAAUAUACACAGCCAGAUGGGUGACGAACAAUGACAGUUUUGCACCAGAGGACCCAUGUUUCUUUUGUGAUGUUUGCUUCCGAAUGCUCCACUAUGAUGCAGAAGGCAACAAACUAGGAGAAUUUCUUGCUUAUCCUUAUGUUGAUCCUGGAACCUUUAAUUAGUGAAACAAAAGCUGUACCCUUGUGAGAUAACUGUCCUCUUGGAUGGUUACUUUAGUACUAAGAAAUCCUACUGAGGAAUAGGAUCAAGUUCAAAGCAGAUUUUCUUGUAAAGUAACUUGUGUUUCUAUAUUUAGAAAUAAUUAUUCUAGUAUUUAUUCCAAAGUAAUUUUCAGUGAUUUCUGUCCAUUUUUAGUAAACAACUUUCAAGUAUUUGUAAUAAAAGAACAAGAAUACAAUAAUAAAUGAAGUAUUAAGAAUA